GAGUUGUUGUUGAUGAUUUAUUUAACUUGGUGCUGGGCCCCACUGCACCUGAGGUACUGAUAUAUUUCAUAUUGCUGAGUCUUCCAGCAGCAAGUGAAGAAUAUGUAUUUGUUCCUCCUUUCCAUUUUAUAUUUGCUUUUGAAAGCCACUGGCACCAAAGAGGUUAUAUUUGGUCAUAGUAAUUUCACAGAAUAUCAAGUGGGCAACAUGAACCUGAUUCUCUCUGUCCCACAUGGUGGGUCAAUGGAGCCCAAAGACAUCCCUGAUCGAGAGGCUGGCUGUUGGGAUGCGAAGACAUCCUCUUGUAUUUUCUCUCAUGAGUGUCCUCCUGGAGGUAUUCAAAAUUAUGAGAAAUGCAAAGUGUCUACCAACCAAGACAGGUAUACUAUAGAGGUGGCUCAGGCUCUUGCUGAAGAAAUCAACAAAAUUACUGGUGGCUUCUUCCCACAUAUCAUUAUAAACCACCUACAGAGGUUCAAGAUGGAUGCUAACAGGGAAAAGGAAGAAGCCUCCUUUGGAAUUCCCCAAGCAGAACAGGCCUGGGAGGAGUAUAUGGAAUUUUUGACCACUGCAAAAUCGCAGAUGACAGGAGGCCUAAUUCUGGAUAUCCAUGGACAAGCACAUCCUGAACAGUGGAUAGAACUAGGUUAUACACUUUCAAAAACUUCCCUUAACUCUGGCGUCUUUUCUGCAUGGUUUUCCUCAAUUAGCCACCUGGCCAGUCAGCUAAUCAAUGUGUCAUCUGAGACUUUGGUUGCAGGGAACAGAAGUUUGGGUAAAUAUAUUGAAGAACAAAAUAACAGUUACAUUUGUGUGCCUUCUCCAUCCAAUCCUAGCCCAAAUAAUGGGAGCUAUUAUAGUGGUGGAUACAUAACAAAGACUUUUGGUUCCCGUAGUUCUGGCACCAUUGAUGCCAUUCAGCUUGAACUACCCCAGUGGGUGAGGGCAGCUGAAGAACGUCCCAGAUUUUGUAAAGCACUAGCAAGGGCUGUAAUGAAAUUUUGGCAAACUAACUACUGCAGCCAGUGCAACCAUGAACUUCUGCCAUGCUGAAAGGGGCUGUCCUGUUAAGCUAAAAUUUCCAUAAUACAGUAAUGAUCUGGA